AAGCACCGAUUCAGCAGGUGCACCUUGUCUCCUUUCCACGAUUCUCCUCUCUCCUCUCCCAUCCUCGUCGUUGUUUGACACCAACGUCGCCCCGUCCUUGUAGCGAUGUCUUCCAACAGGAGCAGGGCUCCUAGUUCGAGCCGCAACGGCAAAGCGCCAGCGACUUUCGAGACCAUCAAUGGCGAGUUGGUUGAGCUCACCAAACAGGGAACCAUCUCGAGAAUGCGUUCUCAUCGAGGCAACAAGCCUACCAUCCCACAAAGCCACCCGUGCCACCUCUGUCCAGCGAAGUUUACGCGGCCCACGCAUCUCCAUCGUCAUCUCCGAACCCACUCCAACUCGCGCUCUCACAAGUGUGAUAGAUGCAGCAGGGAAUUCACUCGCAGUGAUCUUCUGACGCGCCACAAACGGAGCUGCGGUGACCCGGCCAUCGCUAAUCGGUCCCGACGAAAGUCGUGCCAGGCGUGCGCCGACGGCAAGACAAAGUGCGACCUGCAGCAGCCCUGUGGCAGGUGCAGAGCGCGAGGAUGUGAGUGCACCUACCUCCGCAAGCCGUCUGUGAAGUCCGAGAAAGAGGCGUCGUCGUCGCCGAACCCGGGUUCUUCCGCUAGCCCCGAGAGCUCACCAGAGGUCCAACGAGACAAGGAAAGUUUCAGGCCGCAAAGCGAACUGACGCCUCCCCCAUUUGCAGUGCCAGAGGUCCGGCACGGCGUAUUCGUUAGCUCGUUCUCCGCGCCCGAGCUCGCUGAUUACCACAAUGGCGGCACAUCGUCGUAUUACGGCUCGUCGUACGCCUCCACGUCGCAUGCGCCUUCGGUGAGCGGCUACUCCGAAAGCACAAGCGCGUACCCGAUUUCGUACCCCGCGAUGGGCAGCGGGUCGUUUGCACAAGAGGCCAACAAAGUCAACAACGAGCUCAAUGCACUGUUCUCGACCGAGCUCUUCGACAAGUUCUUCCACGACUACCUCGAUGAGAGCAAGUCGAGCGCACAGCCGUCGUUCGCGUCUCCAAUAGACCCGUACGCAUCUUCCUUCGACAACAGCAGCCAGUUCCCUUUCGCCACGGAACCUUUGCCAGAGCCGCAGCCAUUCAUGGGUUCCGUGCCUCCAGACAUGGACGAAGAGUUCCUCAACCAGCUGUGCACGGUGCCAGGGCCAACCUCGUAUCCGCCAUACCCAUUAGACGUGCAGCAUCCUCAGCCUCAAGCCCUACCUCAGCCUCGGCCUCAACCCCCAGUCUCGACUUCCACUGGCGCAGCACCGUAUCCUUCGGAGCUACAGCAGUACAUGCACCUAUUCUACCAGAUGUUCCUGUACCAGAUGCCCGUCAUGCACAUUGCUACGUUCACGAUCGAGGGCAAGCCGCCGGUACUUCUCUCUGCGAUGCAGGCAUGUGGAGCGUUGUACGUCAAGACGGCGGCCGCGUCUCAGUUCAUCGACCACACACUCAAGAACGCGCGCGAACAGCUUUUGCAGGAAUUCGCCAAGAAAUCAACGACCACGGCCGAGCAGAUGCACCUUGUCCUCGCCGUCGUCCUGCUUCAGACCAUAGGGCUCUUCCAUCAACGGCCGGAACAGAGGAUGCAAUCGAACAUCUAUCAUCCGAUGCUGGUUUCGAUGAUACGGCAGUCUGGGCUGAUCCAGAAGGUCACAAGCUGGCAGCCGCCUGUGGUCACCGAGAGCAUCAACAUGGACACUGCCUGGCGAGAAUGGGCAUUCCACGAGACUACCAAACGGCAAGUAUUCGCUGCCCUUCUUCUCACAUACCUCCACGACACUUGCCAUUGCAUCUACUUUACCCAGCGCCCGUUCUUCGCUCGCGAGGAAGUCACUGUGCCACUACCGUGCGAAGAUGGGCUCUGGCGGGCAAAUUCACCGGGGGAGUGGUACGCUCUGCUGCAGCGGCCAUCCGAAUAUGGCUCUCAGGAGCGGCGUUUCCGUCCCUACGGUCUGCAAGAGGCCCUCACGCUUCUCGCCGACCCGAGCGAGGACGACUCCAGCAAGCCGCUGCUCGUCACGCCCCUCGCGCACUUCAUCCUCUCGCACGCCAUCCUCCGCAAGCUCUUCGAGGAGUGCAUCGAGCGCCCGACGGGCGUGGACGACGAGCCGACGCCGGAGAGCCUGUCGAUCCAGUACAUGCUGCACACGUGGCUCAAGAGCUGGUGGAGCUCGCCCGAGACGCCGCAGUACUCGGACGUGGAGGAGCCGCGGUUCCUGCACGACGCGCUGCCGUUCUACUGGAUCGCGCAGGUCGCGCUGCUGGCGUACCAGGAGCGGCUCCCGCCGUUCGCGACCGGGGCGGCGGGCGGCACGGGCGGGGAGGCGGCGCUCGGGGAGGCGAAGUUCCGGCUCGUCAAGGAGUGGCUGCGGCACAUCCGGCAAUUCUUGCGGAAGGGCGAGCAGGGCCCGACGCUGUUCUGGGACGAGCUGCACAAGAUCCGGCGCAAGUCCCGGGGAAGAGAAGUGUAUUCGGACGUGGAGAGCCUCGGAGCUGUCUCGGAUGACUCGGACGGUCCUGGUGGGCUGCUCGGCUUCUUUGCUGGGGAGCCGUAGGACUCGUUUUCCAUCUUUUCCCAUAUUCCUCGCACAGCCCACUCGUAUUCUACACUCCCACAUCUCUAGCAUCUUGGAUAUGUGCACCUUUUUGUCGCUUUAUCUGUAUCUUCUUGGAUAUAUCUCUGCAUAUCCUUCGCCACAUGAUCCACACAUAUAGUUCUUUUCUUUUUCUUUUUUCUUUUU